AUGCCUCUCGAAAACCUCCCAGCAGAGCUCCAAUCGGAGAUUUGCUCUUACCUCGUCACAUCGUUCGGACCUUCGCCAAUUCAUGCCUUGCUCAAAACAUCCAAGAAAUUGUAUGAUGUGGCGCUUCCGUUCUCUGUACAACUGUUCCGGAACACUAGCCCAAUGCAUGUAGGAGGAGGGCCUUGUUCUGGGACUCGGAACGCCCAGUUUCUGCGUUAUAUUCUUGUUUCAAAACCCGAAUUGGCCAAGAAGGUUAAGACGGUGAUCCUAGGUGGCUUCACAGCAAGAGAGGAUGGAGACUCUCAGCCACUUGGGACGCUGGCAAGCACUCCGGAAGAUCUGAGCAUCUAUGGAAACUUCAUUGUUCACUCUCUGGGUCCACAGCUCAGCGAGGUUGACUUGGCUCGUCGCGAUAAGUGGAUUGGCCAGCUCAAUGCCGGACAUUCAGAUGCACAAGUUGCACUAAUUCUGCUGGCAUGUGUGAACUUGAAGCAACUCUACUUCGAAGACUAUCAAGAGGGACCCUCAGAGAAUCCUACGUUCAGGAAGCCCCCAUGUUUCAUGUUUCUGCUGGAGAUGGCUACGAGAUGGCCAGUCCAUGGUGUCAAGGCACCUUUAUCAAAUCUUCGACAUGUGCACAUCCAAUCUCAUGAAGAUAAUACUUGUGGUUGGGAACAGGCUUUCCGCCUGAUGGCAUUGCCCAAAUUGAAGGUUUACGAAUCUCUCAACGGCACAAACCGAGGUCUCACCCAAGGCGAUUUGGCGUAUCUACCAUCAGAUUUCAAGUCAUCUGCCGUAGAGGAAGUCACUUUUCACCAGGCAUUUGCGCUUGCUUCUGAUGUCAAGCGGUUGGUGGGUAUGUGCCAACAUCUCAAACGGUUCGAGUAUAUCAGUGCGACCCAUAGGCCGAUUGUUGGGCUUUUUGCCCGGGACAUAAUGGAUGCCGUGCUACCUCAUGCCGAUACUCUGCAGGUUCUAUACCUCAACUUUGAUGACGACUGUCAGAAGAUUGGUUGGGAAGAUGACCCGCAUCGGCUGUAUAUGGGAAUUAGGCUGUUACAAAUGACGGCAUUGCGGUCCUUGUUGAUUGGGAUGCAGUCUCUUACCGGUGUCUGGGAUCCAGCUCCUGACACAAGACCAGGCAUGCCACUCAGUAUUGAAGGCGCUCCGAGGAUCGUCGAGUGCCUUCCAGAGAGUUUGGCCGAACUCCAUCUCCGAGAUUGUGGCAAGGGAAUCCUUGCACAAGCUGCGGAGCUGCUGGAGGUUAUGGAGAAGGGAGAACGUCUGAAGAAUCUUAUUGGGGUGUUGAUAUUGUUCAAACAUGAGAACAUCACCCCUGAAGACGUUGAGCUAAGUUUAAACGCCAAAAGAAAAUACCUUUCGGUUUGCUUCCAACCCAGAGCGUACCGCUGGCUCGAUUUGGGGGGACAGAGUAGGACAUUUGAGGGGAUCCGUGUGAUUCCAAGUCUAUGUUCUCGUAUAUUUGCUGAUGAGCUUCGGCAUGAUUGGAUGGACUUUCGGGGAAGAUUGACAAUGAAGAUGUAUUAUACUGGGUGUGAUUGCGGAUGGAGAAGUCGGGUAGAUCCAAAGACGAGGGGCUUGAGACUGCUUAUGAGAGCACCACCGCAUGAGUAUCAACUUGAUGAUUAG